AUGGCCUACCAAAUACAUACGUCCACACCAUGUCGUCCAGGAGUUCCCAGCGCAUCUGAAUACAUCUUCCCUGUUUCGCCGUCAUGUCGGAACGCCCUGGUUCCGCCGUCGAUUCUGAAGAAGCCGGCACAUUCGAUCGGCAGUAACGAGAUGCUUUCCAGUCAGACAUCGGACUCGACCACUUGCAGCAGCAAUAAAAAUAAUCAGAACUAUGAUAGAAUUAAGCUGAAAAUCGCUUUACGGCUGCUCACUACUAUGGUGGUCGCCACCGGUGUCUCGUGUGUGAUGAGCCUUCAAUUCUUCCUUCAGGUCAACUGGAAUGGUCUCAUCUCCAAAUACGUCACUUUCAAGGAGUUCUAUGUACGUGAACGGGAACGUUAUAGACAACUCCGAGGAGAAAAAAUACACAAUUUUGUACCAACUGUUUUAAAUGAGUCGUUCCAGUACACGGCCAGCGAAAUCGGUGAAACCCUGGAUGUGGCAGUGCUCAUCUGUUCGACUGCCGCUUUUUUCAUCUCGCUUUUACAGCUCUUUUUCGUGCUCAAGCUCUACAAAUCAAACAAUCCAACU